GGGUAAAAGAUUUAAAAAAAUGUUGAUUAAAAAUUUUUUGAUGGCAGCACAGAAAACUGAAUGAAUGAAAGUAUGACAGUACAUAAUCAUUCAAUUCAGUGGCGGGAAUCGGGAAUGGUAUGAGAAAAGAUUGACAGAUUGAAACUGACAAUAUCAUCUUUUCACAAUAAACAAAAUAUAAUAAUACUUGAUAGAAAUUUAAUUGAUAACCUGGUUUAUGGAAAAUGAAGAAUGUUUCAGCUAUUAAAUCAAAUUCCACUAACUCUCCAAAAACUCCUGGUGGGAUCAGUAAGUCCCUUUUGACUCCAUGUCGAAGAGUUGGUCUUUCGCGGAAUUGGAGAAACAAGGGGCCUUCACCGUUUAUAUCACCUUUGUCUGGAAGUACUCCCACUGUAAGAGAAGUAAAUAUUGACACGAGGAAGCGUAAAUCUCUUGUUUUAGACGAUAAUGUUGAAAAAACCCCCGAAGUAUCUGAUGUUGACAACAUAAGUGAAAUAAAAGCUGAGCCAAGCAGUGAAAUUGACAAAACUCCGUCUAGAAAUGUUGAAUUACCUCGUAGAAAGAAGUCUAAGAUACUAUUAACAGCUAUAAAUUGUUCUCAAGAGGAAGCAGGUGUUAAUUUAGAACAAACAAAUAAAAACUGUGCAAUACCAAUAAGGGAGGAAACAGCUGAGGAUGUAAUUGUUGAUAAUAUAGGAAAUAUUGAAGAGGUUUCUACUCCAGUAAGGACCAGGUCAAAAAAAUCAAAAAAACCAUCUCCAAGACUGAAAACUAUUCCUAAAAAUAAUAAACAUUUAAAUGAGGAGCCAGAUGUCUGUGACAAUGAACUAGCUGAUGUUGAUAUAGCUGCUGAUACUAAAAAUAGUGAAACUCCAAAAGAUACAGAAUACAAAAUAAAAGAGAGAAGUCCAAAUGAUCUAAGAAAAGAGUGCAUAGUUGUCAUACAAAGAAAGAUAUUCAAGAAAACUGAAGGCAGUAAUAAUGAUACUAAGCGAAAUGAAGAGAAACAGGGAAACUCCUCAUCUCAAGCUUUAUUUGAUUCUGAUUCUGAUGAAAUUCCUCUAAAUCAAAUAAAUUCAUCUAAAAGUAAGCAAGGGAAAGCAAUUGAAGAUGCAACAAUACCUACACCUAAAGAUAUCACAGAUAUUAAUGAAGAUGAUGAUUUUGUAGACAAAUCAAGCAAAGUAAUUGUCAGCAAAGUAAAAGAGAAAGAAACUAAAUCUCCUAAACAUAAAUUAAAAAUAAAUAAACCACUGAAACUUAAACCAGAAAAGCACAAAGUACAACCUAAACCUUCUUUACACAGCUCUUACGAUGAUGAUGACGAUGAUUUUGACAUCAAUAGGAAAACAAUUUUAAUUAGAAAAACUUAUGAUAAAGUUAGCAAACCUUCAAAAGCUAAGUCUACCGGUUCAAUAACCCAGCAAGACAUUGAUGAAUUAAAAGCAAGAAUAGAGACAAAGAAAAAACUUCUUUUAGCUCAAUCUAUAAACCCAGAAACAGCGGAAUUAAGGAAUUUAAUAAAAAAAUGGCAAAAGGGAUGCCAAAAUGCUUUGGUGGAACUUUUAGAUUUAAUGAAAACUAAGUUUCAUGACAAACAGGAUAUGGAUUAUGCAGAAAUGUUGAGAACUUUGAAAAUACCGCCAUCUUUAGUUGGAUAUGAUGCAGAAAAUGAUUGUUUUAAUGAACCUAAUGAUGCUAGCAUUAUCUUAGAUAAAUUUCAGGAUAUAUAAAUGAUUAUUUUUUAUUAAAUUUUACCUACUUAUCCCCAAGAGGACACUGGUAUCCUCUGUGACAUUAUUGCCUCAUUGCGUUUCCAUUAUUUAAGUUGUUAUCGCAAAAGUUUUAGGAUAUUUUUCUUGUACAGCUUAGUAGUAGUUAUUAACAUUUGUUUCAAUUUAAGUAAGGUAUUAGUUGUAUAUUUUUC